UGGGCAGGUCAAUGGAUUAAUCCGGCGACCCCAUUCAAUGCCGUGUGGAUUCCAAAGACCUCAUCGGAGCCAGCGAUCCAUCACCUCCAAAACAGGUCAAACAGGUUUGCAGUUAAUUGUUGCCAAGCAUCAGGCCGGACGAGACCCAGCCCAGAGCCGCAUCCUCAUGGACGCGGCAGAGGUCGAUUGGGCAGAGACAUUUCCGCAACGGAAUUGCAGGGUACGAGCUGUCGGUUCCUCGUGUCCAAUGGCGGCACCUGGAGCCUCGAUCAAGUCGCAACCAUCACACAUUCUCUUUCCACCAAUGCCGUGUUUGCAAGACCCAUGGUUCUUUUGCUUCCCACGCUUCCCGCAGGCUCACGACAGCCACAACAACCACCCUCGCGGCGGGAGAUCAAAGAAGAUCUGUUAUGCACCGGAAUCAUUCUCGUUCAACUUUGCCAACCGCAUCACCAACAACGGACGGCAAAUCCUGUGGCAUGCGUUUGCCUUUCGAAUCCGCCUGGAGCUGAUGCUGGAGCCAAAGAGACCACUUGAGCCAGACCCGGCUCAGCCGGCGCCCGACGUUUGCGAGGUCGGCAAGUCGGCUAUUCCUCCGUCCAUCCCAGCUCAUCCCAGUUUUGCCCAAGUCUCCCCAGACCGUCGUAUGUUCCUGGCCGCCAGAGAUGGCAGCCAUAGCGGCCACGGGAAUCCGAUCAUGGGGCCCAAUCUAGCAUGCCACCUGAGCUCUGUAUUGGGUGAACUGCAGCGUCCCUUGCCAGGUUCGAGAUCACGAGUAGUUCUCGUCUAA